AUGACCGCAACCAUGGCUUCUACGGCGUCGCCACCUCCGUCGCAGCAGGGUGACUCUGCGUCCAACCUAGCGGUCUUGCCUCCCAUCGUCACGGACGCCACUGUCAAACGGUCCAUUCGUCAGAGAUCAUCUUCGUAUGCGAAAGAUCGUCUUUCCACGCAUUCUAACAUUUCCCUAGCCUCUCAGAACCGGUCGCGUCCCGGAUCGCAUGUUUUCCCCGUCUUUCACUCCAGCUUGCCGUAUGCUCUGGUGCGAGAUUUCGCGUAUCCCUCGACCCAUCCUCUACACUACGGUCCGCUGCCCCCUCGUGCAUCUGGGGUGUCAACUCCGGCGAGUGAGCAGCGGCGCCUGUCCGAUCCUCCGGCUCCGUGGGAUAGCUCGCGGGGACAAUGGUCAACUGGGCCGUGGAGCACCGAGCAUAGUUACGGGCACCAACAGCUUCCUGCUAUGUCAUUCGGCGAUGGCCCACCAUAUAGCGAGGAUGAAGAUCUCCAUAGCCCGGUAUUCUCUGCGCCUCGCCACCGGAAGAACAAGUCUACUGGAACGGACCUAGACGGGGAGCGCAGGAGGAGCCCUAGUUCCCAAAAGGCCGCAGGUUUCCUGGGAGAUAUGAAUCGAGGGAUGUAUGUCAGCACGAACGCUGACGGCAGCGAAACAUACUACGUGGAUGAUGAGGAUGAAAGAGAUGACGGCCCUGGCGGCGAGUAUGUCACAUACCCGGCAAAUGAGAGCCGAUACUCAUAUGCGGGGACAUAUGGGGGCUAUCCGGGUUAUGACCCUAAUGUGGAAUACGAAUCGGAGGAAGACUAUACUGGUGAUCGGUACAAUGGUGACUUCCAAUUUGCUGUAGGAUGCCCGGACGAAGAGAUGCAUGGGAAGGCUGUUGCACUUUUCGACUUCACUAGGGAGCACGAGAACGAACUUCCCCUUGCUGAGGGUCAAGUGAUUUUCGUCUCAUAUCGACAUGGCCAAGGUUGGCUCGUUGCAGAGGACCCGCGGACCGGGGAAAGUGGCUUAGUUCCGGAAGAGUUCGUUCGGCUGCUUCGGGACAUCGAAGGAGGACUGACGUCGUUGAAUGGUGUUCCUGACUCUGAAUUAUUGGACGAUACUCAUACUGAUGCUAAUUCAACCGGAAACCACCAGGCGAUGACGCCAACUCAGGAUGACUAUGUCGGUAACGGUGAGAAGAUUCAUAACCCGGACAACAUGUACAACGGCGGAACCACACCCCUCCCAUCCAACUCAGCAACCACUGUCCUCUCCCCCUCCAACUCCGAUAUCCCCUUCUCACCACUCCCCGUCCCCAAUACCCGAUCAACCCCCUCCAUCUCAUGCAGCACCGCCCCACCCUGCGCAUCCAUCUCUUGCCUCAUACUUCCCCCAAGCAUAGGCACAUCCUUCCCCAGCCCAACAGUCUCAUCCAAGUCACCAGCAGACUCACUAGCCCCCCCAGCACCCGACUCCCCCCCCUUCCGGCGCUGAAAAAAAAAAACGAGACCCACAACAGCGAAAACAAGUACUCCUCCAACAACACCACCUACUAUACCCCCAAUCUGAGAUCCUGAGAGACCCGUGUCUGUCCCGGAUUCUCCUGCUGGAGUGAUAGUUGCUUUCGGAGAUGAUGAUGUUGUCGUCGAUGCCGUGGACGUCGAAGUAGGAAUUAGCGUCGAAGACAAAGACGAAGACGAAGACGAUGUCCCAUUAGACAUAUUCCCGUGCUUCACACAGCAUUGGAUAGAACUUAUCCCCGGACAGGGCCAGUUGGGCUAGAUUCUCUCUCGUUAGUGUCCCUUUCCUAGAUGAGGGUGGUAGAUAGGAGGAAGGUAAGGGAGCGGGGGCGGGGGUGGUUUACAGGGGCCCCGGCGAAGUAAUUCCCCCCAUCGCAGGUCUGGUUAUGGGUGUCUCGGC